GAAUGCAGCGUCUACGCCUGGUGAAUGGACGCACUCUUACCAAUUCUGCUCUGGGAGAUGCAGCGGUGACCUACCGAGCGCAGAGGCCGGCGCGCACCCGUGGAGCCCGCGCUCGAGAUCCCUCCUCGUGCCAGGGCCCCAGGGCAUUCAAGGCCUGCCGACCGUUAGGCGGGUCAAGGGGUACACAGGGUGCGAAUUCGUUAGGCAAAAGCUGGGUACAGGCGCGAGCCACAGGCACGGAAACCUCGCGCCGACCGGGGCCCUAGGCCCGACGACGGCAGGUCGGCCAAGAGCGCGCCGGUAAGAGCCUGGGGGCAAGGGGUAGAAAGACGCCCACCUCAUCACAACCCAGAGCUCGGGACUCCUAUACAGUCCCAUAGGGAACAGGCGGCCGCCAUUCCCCUCCCCCACACUGGCGGGUAAGGCUAGAGAACGGUUUCAAGGAAGACGCAUGCGCAUGAAAUAAUUAUAAACCGCUAAGACUCCCAAGUUCAAUAUUCGCGGGAAGGCGCAGGCGCAACAAAAAGCCCGGCGGGUUUAUGGGUGGGGGUGCUGGGCCCAAAACCCAAGCGUGUAAUAAUCCGCCGGCGGGAGGUGGGCUGGCUCUUGAAAUUACGCAUGCGCCAGAGCUCUUUGUGACGCAACGGGGCGGUGCGGGCAGCUGGCUGCGCGUGCGCAGAACUCGCACAAAGGGCCUUAUUUAGGUUGCGCAGGCGCCCGCUGGCCAUUUCGUCUUAGCCACGCAGAAGUCGCGUGUCUAGUUUGUUUCGACGCCGGACCGCGUAAGAGACGAUGAUGUUGGGCACGGAAGGUGGAGAGGGAUUCGUGGUGAAGGUCCGGGGCUUGCCCUGGUCUUGCUCGGCCGAUGAAGUGCAGAGGUUUUUUUCUGACUGCAAAAUUCAAAAUGGGGCUCAAGGUAUUCGUUUCAUCUACACCAGAGAAGGCAGACCAAGUGGCGAGGCUUUUGUUGAACUUGAAUCAGAAGAUGAAGUCAAAUUGGCCCUGAAAAAAGACAGAGAAACUAUGGGACACAGAUAUGUUGAAGUAUUCAAGUCAAACAACGUUGAAAUGGAUUGGGUGUUGAAGCAUACUGGUCCAAAUAGUCCUGACACGGCCAAUGAUGGCUUUGUACGGCUUAGAGGACUUCCCUUUGGAUGUAGCAAGGAAGAAAUUGUUCAGUUCUUCUCAGGGUUGGAAAUCGUGCCAAAUGGGAUAACAUUGCCGGUGGACUUCCAGGGGAGGAGUACGGGGGAGGCCUUCGUGCAGUUUGCUUCACAGGAAAUAGCUGAAAAGGCUCUAAAGAAACACAAGGAAAGAAUAGGGCACAGGUAUAUUGAAAUCUUUAAGAGCAGUAGAGCUGAAGUUAGAACUCACUAUGAUCCACCACGAAAGCUUAUGGCCAUGCAGCGGCCAGGUCCUUAUGACAGACCUGGGGCUGGUAGAGGGUAUAACAGCAUUGGCAGAGGAGCUGGCUUUGAGAGGAUGAGGCGUGGUGCUUAUGGUGGAGGCUAUGGAGGCUAUGAUGAUUACAAUGGCUAUAAUGAUGGCUAUGGAUUUGGGUCAGAUAGAUUUGGAAGAGACCUCAAUUACUGUUUUUCAGGAAUGUCUGAUCACAGAUACGGGGAUGGUGGCUCUACUUUCCAGAGCACAACAGGACACUGUGUACACAUGCGGGGAUUACCUUACAGAGCUACUGAGAAUGACAUUUAUAAUUUUUUUUCACCGCUCAACCCUGUGAGAGUACACAUUGAAAUUGGUCCUGAUGGCAGAGUAACUGGUGAAGCAGAUGUCGAGUUCGCAACUCAUGAAGAUGCUGUGGCAGCUAUGUCAAAAGACAAAGCAAAUAUGCAACACAGAUAUGUAGAACUCUUCUUGAAUUCUACAGCAGGAGCAAGCGGUGGUGCUUACGAACACAGAUAUGUAGAACUCUUCUUGAAUUCUACAGCAGGAGCAAGCGGUGGUGCUUAUGGUAGCCAAAUGAUGGGAGGCAUGGGCUUGUCAAACCAGUCCAGCUACGGGGGCCCAGCCAGCCAGCAGCUGAGUGGGGGUUACGGAGGUGGCUACGGUGGCCAGAGCAGCAUGAGUGGAUACGACCAAGUUUUACAGGAAAACUCCAGUGAUUUUCAAUCAAACAUUGCAUAGGUAACCAAGGAGCAGUGAACAGCAGCUACUACAGUAGUGGAAGCCGUGCAUCUAUGGGCGUGAACGGAAUGGGAGGGAUGUCUAGCAUGUCCAGUAUGAGUGGUGGAUGGGGAAUGUAAUUGAUCGAUCCUUAUCACUGACUCUUGGUCAACCUUUUUUUUUUUUUUUUUAAGAAAAAAACUUCAGUUUAACAGUUUCUGCAAUACAAGCUUGUGAUUUAUGCUUACUCUAAGUGGAAAUCAGGAUUGUUAUGAAGACUUAAGGCCCAGUAUUUUUGAAUACAAUACUCAUCUAGGAUGUAACAGUGAAGCUGAGUAAACUAUAACUGUUAAACUUAAGUUCCAGCUUUUCUCAAGUUAGUUAUAGGAUGUACUUAAGCAGUAAGCGUAUUUAGGUAAAAGCAGUUGAAUUAUGUUAAAUGUUGCCCUUUGCCACGUUACAUUGAACACUGUUUUGGAUGCAUGUUGAAAGACAUGCUUUUAUUUUUUUGUAAAACAAUAUAGGAGCUGUGUCUACUAUUAAAAGUGAAACAUUUUGGCAUGUUUGUUAAUUCUAGUUUGAUUUAAUAACCUGUAAGGCACGUAAGUUUAAGCUUUUUUUUUUUUUUUUUAAGUUAAUGGGAAAAAUUUGAGACGCAAUACCAAUACUUAGGAUUUUGGUCUUGGUGUUUGUAUGAAAUUCUGAGGCCUUGAUUUAAAUCUUUCAUUGUAUUGUGAUUUCCUUUUAGGUAUAUUGCGCUAAGUGAAACUUGUCAAAUAAAUCCUCCUUUUAAAAACUGCA